AUGGCGAAUUUUGGAGGAGAUGCAGAUGGAUAACAUUGUACAAGUUAGAGUUACAGUGAUGCAGAUGAAGAACAUUGUACAAGUUAGAGUUACAGUGAUUUUCAUUUUGGUAGGAGUAGAUGUAGAAGUGGUAGUCCACCUAGUUGUAAAGCUAAUUAAUAUAGAUAUCCUACGUGGUUUUAUUGUUAGGAGAUCAUAUGUUUUCUUGUUGAACAUCAAAAGAACCUGAUGAUAUAUGUUUUCUUGUUGAACAUCAAAAGAACCUGAUGAAACACAGAUCUGCGAUAAGUUUGCGAUUUCGCGCAUAUUGAUGAAGACCGUGAAUCACUACAACGAGCCUAAACUACUUGCCAGGGGGAUUCACGUAGUGGAGCGAUUCGUGCAACAGCAACCAGCGGUACUACUGAUAACCGUGUUCAAAUUUUUGCUCACCUCUUCUAGACAGAUCCUCACAGUCAGUGUUGAUACCUCGCUAGAGGCACAACUGCCAUUCCGCCAACCAACUUUUCAGGACGUCGACGAAGUCCUCUUCAAUUCGCUUUUGGACGCCUGCUGCAGAACAAGGGAUAUGGCAAGGCUCGAGUCCAUUCUAGCGAAAAUGAGGAUAAACGGCAUCCAGCCAAGUUCCGUGACGCUGGGCAUAUUAGUGAAGGCUUAUGGACAGGUACCCCUACCCAGACUUACUUCUAUGCUAACCAAGGCUUCAUUCUUUUGAUACUGAACUGAAUUAAUGAGAGGCAGAUCAUCUACGAGUUCAGAAGUAGUUAUCUGUUGUUCAACAUAUGAAUAUAUUCAGGCUGGCGACAUCGAAUCUGUCUGGAGAGAGUGGCAGAGGAUGAAGGAAGCAUUGACAGAGAACGCAAACGCUGUAACGUUUGGAUGCAUGUUAGACGCUUGUGUCAAAUGUGGUGACAUCGAGAAGGCGCUGUUCGUUUUCCAAGACAUCAAGAGGAUUGGCAAGCACCACAAUACGAUUCUCUAUACGACGUUGAUGAAGGGAUACGGGAUGGCAAGGAACCUGGACGGAGCGAUCGGGUUGUUUAAUGAUUAUGACAUGUUGAUACUUGGGUCCUACUUUCUCAUUCUAUCCUCGAUAUGAAUAUCUUCUACUCUUGAAGAAAGUAAAGUUCAGUUUCGCUUCGGAUCGACUUAGAGCACUCUCUUGUUUCAGAAUUCCGUACUACCCCUCAAUUACACUUAUUCGAAAUCUUGAAAUAACCGAGUUGCUGACUGAAAUAAGGGAAAUAGCCCUUCCAAGAAGCAGCCCUUCCUUGUUCAGUAUCUUCUCGGUUAUUCUUAUCAGUUACCGCUUCGCCAUUCCAAUCUUUGCGUGAGAUCCAUCGUGUAUACCAUCACAUCUAUGACGCCCUUAAGGCAGUCUGCCCUGUACUUUGUGCGCGCUUAAUUGUAAGUAUGAUUGUAACUUGCUUAUUUCCGAAGGUUUCCGAAUACUCUUUCUAACGGGGAAUGAAAGCCGAACAAGUUCCAGUGAACACGAUUACCUUCAAUUCGAUGAUUGACGUUGCUGUACGGGCUCAUGAUUGCGGGAAAGCUGAGGAAUUGUACCAGGAACUUGAGCAGACAGCGGGAAUCGAACCCGAUCUGAUCACGUAUUCAACGUUGAUCAAGGGAUUCUGCCAACUCGGCGACCUCAAUAAAGCCUUGCAUUACAUGGCAUUAUUGAAAGGACGAGGACUGUACCCAGAUGAACUGGUACUACUUAAUAUGAGACAGUCAUAUGUUGUCAAGAACAACAUUCAUAGUCAGACUAUGAAUGUUGUUCUUGACCUACUAGACCGACGUAGAGGUAGAAGGCCUUAAGAAUGUUAUCAUGCUCAACGAUGAGCAGGAGUCCCUUUUUCAUCUGGACUAGAAAAUCCGGGACGGAUGAAUGCUCAAAAAUUUCCCCCGAUCCGACCUCGUCCUUUUUCUUCACCACGACCAGGUCUUCAAUUCCCUGCUCGAUGGCUGCGUGAAAGCUAACGAUCUCAGUACGGGCUUGGCCCUCUUCGACGAGAUGAAGGAUGAGGCAGCUGCCGGAGGAAUUGGGCAGCCCAGUCAUGUCACCUAUCAGAUUCUCGUGAGGCUGUAUCGGAGGUCAGGAUAUUCCGAGUUGGAGACCGAGAACAACGUUCACUACCUGUACCGAAGUUAUUAUAACAGAGUAUUUUAUAGAUAUAGAACGGUGGAUGUAGGAUGUUUAGAUUAGAUAUUUCACAAGAUUAAAAACAAGGUCAUAUAAUCUUCAUAUUAGUACCUUCCCCCUAAAACUCGGAGAUGAACAGAGCUGUAGUUUAUAGCACGGAUGUAGGAUGGACUUGGAAAACAGAUGAUGAGGAAUGUGAGGCUGUAUCGGAGGUCAGGAUAUCACCGCGAAAAGCUCCUCUAAAAAGUAACGAAUAAAGUUAAGAGCUUAAGCUUAUUAUUUUGAUUUUCUACUGCUUCUAGUCUUUUGUCAGGUGUACGAGUUGUACAAUGGUGGAUAAGAAAGUUGAUGUACUACCUAAUCAUUUUGAAGAUCUUAUCUUCCUCUCACCUAGUUCACGACCCAUUUUUCACACAACCUGCAGGUUCACCAGUGCUGGAAUUCCUAUUCCUCGCAAUGUUGGUAUGCGAGGGCGAGGACACCAAGGACGAAGACAGGGACCUCGAAAGUACUAAGUAACUUUUAUUUUGUAAUUGAAAAACUUGAUCGGAGGUGGACGAACUGGAAACUCCAUGCGGUUGCAGUGACUGACAAUCUAUACUCUUACUCAUCAAGAACGACCAGCUUUUCUACUUUCACAACUAUCUGCACAAUCUUCACUCCUCCAGCCGCCAGAAGUUCCUCGGUUCAUCGGCGCAUCCGCAUCAGCAGGGGCACCAGCAAGGGCAGCAGCAAGGCGGGGGUGGGUACAACUCCCAACAUCAUGGAGCAGGAGGUCAACAUGUUCACGGCCACGGAGGAAAAGACGGUAGUAGAAGCAAUCAAGCAACUGCUAGUGCGCCUAGUAUUAAGGCUUGAGGAAAUGGAAUAAAUCCAUCUUGAUCUUCCCCAGGCAGCAUCUCAGUCGGACGGUUUUUCAACGGACCUUUUUUCAAGGGAGGGCCGGCGGCCACUGAGAUGCUCACCAAGAAGGAUUUGUGCAAGGUCAUCUAACAGUAGUAGCAAAAGCAGUGCUGGAAAUUCAAGCUCCUCGUCGAAUAAUCUCCAGGCAGGACAUGGCAUCAGCGGUGGACAUCAUUAAGGCCAAUGGAUAUGGAUUUACUUUUCCUUACUUGUCUGUCACCACUAAUAUCUAAAAAGUGAAGAUGAUACCGUAGAAGAUACCAACGACAAGCUGUUGUAGAUCUGCAUCUGAGAUACAAAAAAUAAUACACUGUAAUCCUCAGAACAAGAAGUACAAGAACUUCUAACUCUACGCACCGAGAAACUACACUUCGCCUGUGAGCGGUUCACCAAGAUAUGGAGCAGUCUAUUCGCAGCAACAUGAGCAACGUCAACAGAAUUUGCUUGAGACGAGAACUACAUAGCAGACUAUCGAAGACGAGCUAUCAUGCGGGGAAGAGAUUUUUGUGAAGUUCGAAGAGAUUUUUGUAAACAUAACGAUAUUAUAAAUAUAUAACUUCGAUGUCCUAGAAGUUGAGAUGUCAAGAUGAAUAUUUUUACAUGUUUCUUUCCGAGAAUACAACUACUAAGAAUUAAGAACGAUUAUGAACUACAGCUUCAUUCUAGUUCUUCGUCGACAUUGAGCCUCCUCUUUUCUACUUGUUACCCAGUACUACACGACAAAGACAACAUUCAAUGUUAGAUUCAGGAUCAUUCACUUACAAAUAAUUUUGAUAAUGCAGUAUUUAAAGAAAAUAGGUUUUUCUUGGGGGAACCCCUACCAAGUAGGAUGAAAGUACUUAUUGUACAGGCACUCCUUCUACUACGUACACGUAAUAUAUAAAAAUAGGAUAAUGAUAAACCAAAAUGUCAAGGACCUUUUUCCUUCGAACUGACCACCAUUCACUAGAACUGACCACCAUUCACUAGUAAAAGAAUGUUGCAGUAGAUGGAUUGGAGGUCAGGACGAGGUUUCUAGAGGCGCUUCGCUUGAUGCUUCGUUUUUACUGGUAGAUGAAAAUGACCUUGAUCUCUUUGUUAUGCAUAUUAUCGCCCCUCUUCAUGAAUUUUGUUCCUUAUGCCCAUUCAUCUUCAAGCACACUCAACCGAGACGCUCUCAGCCCGACACCCAUCGUCCCAUCCUUUAUUUUUCCGCAUAAUUCUUGUUGCGUCUGUUGGAGGAGGUUUGCAACGAAGAUAGCUUUCUGCAUAGUGUUGAUGUACAGCUAUAAUAUAUUUUUCGAUCUACGUAUUUACUUCGCUGGCUUUUCCUAGGAUUAUACUUAUCCCCAUUUCUUGUUAGGUCAAUCAAUAUUCAAAAACAAAAAUGAAACGAACAUUCAGGCAGAUUAAUGUGCUCCUUCAAGAAAAAUGUAAAUGACAAAUAUAUAUAAAUAUGAACAUCAAAUCUCGGCUAAAGAUGAAAUAAAUGAUAUAAAUUUGUACAGCUAUGCACAUGUGUCUAGUCAAGAAAAUGCCCUCGAUGUCAAAGGAACGAUUUAAUGAACACGAUAUCGAUUUUUACGAUUUUUGUAAUAUAUGCAAGUAUUCUGUUUAGUAUUUGAGUAAUGACGACCAAGCAGGAGCCUGUCUAGUUAUAUCGGUUGUUGAAAAAAAUGAACAAGCAUGAUGCAAGUCAAGAAUUAUGUGUAUCUCCACAAACGCAGCAGGCACUCAUACUCAAUCUUCAGAUUUACCAACCAAGAAUAAGAUGAACCUAUCACCACGUCCGAUAGUGCCACGACUCGAUGGACGAUAAUUAAGUGUUGGUAGUCCUUCUGACUGAGGCUGUGCAUAUCCGCCUGAGUAUGCAGG